ACAGCGGCCGCAGUGCCUGUGAGCCUUUCUGGAGCAGAAGUUCUCCUCACAGAGAGAGAGAGAGCAGCAGACAGCGGGCACCAUGGAGCCCCCCUCAGGCCCUGCCCGCAGACGGUGCGCCCCCUGCAACAGGCUCCUGCUGGCAGCCUCACUCUUAACUUUCUGGCCCCCGCCCACCACUACCCAGCUCACUAUUGAAACGGUACCACCCCUUGCUGCAGAAGGAUCCAAUGUCCUGCUACUUGCCCACAACGUAACAGAGAAAACUCUAUGCUAUUUCUGGUACAGAGGAGAAAGGGUAGAAACCAUCCAGCUAAUUGCAUCACACGGAGUAGCCACUAAUUUAAUUACCAAUGGGCCUGCACACAGUGGUCAGGAGACACUUUACCCCAAUGGAACCCUGCUGAUCCAGAACAUCACCCAGAAAGACACAGGAUCCUACACCCUGCUCAUUUUAAAGUUUGAUUUACAGACAGAAAGACAGACUGGACACCUCCACGUACACCACCCAGUGGCACGGCCCUCCCUCCAAGCCAGCAACACCACAGUCGCAGAACAUGAGGGUCCCGUGGUCCUGACCUGCCUCACAGAUGAGACUGGGGUCUCCAUACGCUGGUUCUUCGAAGGCCAGAGUCUCCUCCUCACAAGGGGGAUGACACUGUCCCUGGACAAUAGCACCCUCACCAUAGACCCCGUCAGCAGAAAAGACAAUGGGGAUUAUCAAUGUGAGGUCUCCAACAGGGGCAACUCCAGCAAAAGUGACCCCCUCAGGCUGCAUGUGAAAUAUAAGCCGACACCCGAAAGUUCCUCUGACCUCUCACCUGGUGCCAUUGUCGGCAUCGUGAUUGGAGGUGUGGCUGGGGUGGCUGCUCUGAUAGCAGCCCUGGUGUAUCUUCUGUACAUCAGAGAAACUAGAUGGUCAAGUCACUCUGACAAUUCACCUGAAAAGGUUAAUGAAGUUGAAUAUUCCUCCGUGAACUUCAAUGCCCAGGAAUUAAAAAAGGAAGCAACUUCAGCCUCCCCAUCUCCAACACACACAGAAACCAUUCAGAAGUGAAAAAAAACAGUAAUGGAACCUGUCCUGCUUGUUGCACUGUUGACUUAUUCCAAGCGUCUCACCCCCAUCCCCAGGGUAUCCCUCUGCCCUCAGGGAAAAUGAGGAGAGAGUCUUCCCCCAGCUCCUUCGACCCCUAAUGAGGCUCCUCCAGGCUGCCUGGUCACAGCCCCUUCCUUCAGUGUCAGUGGAUGAAAAGGCACAUCCACGAGGAGAUCUGUAGGAAACCAAAACUUCCUCGUCAUUGAAAUCUAGCAAAGCGGACCCUGGGAGAAAGUUGCCAGAACCUCUGCCUCUCCCCAUUUGCUGACCUAGACCAGUUGUAAACUUGUGUAUUCAGAACACAUUCAUUCCUUCCCACCUCAGUCCUAUUGGAGUCUAACAUGAAUUUGCCAUAACCUGGAGAAUGAUUUCUUAUCCACUGAAAUGCCUGUGCCAGAAAAGAAGAGCAAGGAGAAGGAAAACGAAGAGCUUCUGCACUCUGAAGCCCAGUGUGAAUCCACCAUUCACAGGAAGACACAUACAUGACCAGCUCUGAGCUGGGAAGUUCUACACCUUUGUCCGCUUUCAGGGUUGUCUACCUGCAGGAUCAGGGACUAAACAACUUACUACUUAGCUAGAAUACCAUCUAAACCUUUGAAAGCAUGCCUUCAGAGAACCCACUAGAAGCAACUUGAAAACAACUUCUCAGCAUUCAUAAGUGUAUCUUGAUGGAAACUGCAAAAACAAACAAACAAAAAAACCGCACAUACUGUUUUAAUAAUACUGUGGGCUUUAUUCAAGGCAAUGCCCGGAGACUGAGGGGUCAUCAGUUUAUGGGGCAGUCAGCUCUUACCAGAUACAAUCUGCUGGGAUUGGGGAAAGGACUCAGAAAGUCACCCUGCAGAGAUUAUUUAAAUAAUGGUCAAAGAAUGUACAAUUUGGGGGUAUUGGUUGUUUUUUCCUUUCCUUCUGAGACAUUCUGCCACUUUAAUUUUUGUAACUGCUUGUUUAUGUGAAAGGGGUUCUGUUUAAUUUGCUGCAUAAGCCAAUCUGACCACUUCAGGGGGAAGAACCUACCAAAGCCCCUCAUGUCCCUCUGGCCAUGAGCUCCCUAAGCCUUUUGUGUCAGGGGCUCCGCACAGAAAAUAAGAAGUAGCAGUUAUCUACCUCCAUGGCCAGAAAUGGGUCUCACUCCGUUUCUAGGCAUCUCAGGCCAGUCAUCAACUGCCUUCUCUUCCGUGUUCCCGCCUGUGCCUGUUCUGUCUGUCUGCCCCGCUUACCUUCUCAGGAGCCUUCUUGAGAAGCAGGAGCGCCCUGAAGGGAACACGGCCCCUUGCGCUGUUAGUAUUGUUUACAGCCCAGGAGGCUGCACUGGUGCGCACGCUCCUUAGGACACAAGGUGCAGAUUAUGACUCAGCCCUGGGUUUCUUGAAGAGCCUCUGGAAUUCUUCUCCCAUGGGGUGCACGGGACCCAAUGUGUCGGCAGAGAAAGGGAGGAUGGGAGGAGGAGAGGUGCACCUGCUUCUCACCAGCCUUCUGCACAGACGGGGCCUCCUUGGGCUGCUGAGAGAAAGGCUUCAUUCCACCUUCUUGACGGACCUCCUGCUGUGUGGAACUGGCCCCCGAGAGGGGUGGCUGGGAGUGCUCUGUACUCAGGUACCUCUUUCAGGGUUUCCUCACCCUGAUACAGACUGUGUACACCUCCCCUCAUGCAAGCACUUCUGCAUAAUUUAAUUUUGCCUGGCUGAGGCCACUUCUGAAUGAUUUGUAAAAAUUGCUCUAUAUUUAUAAUAAAUAUUGUGUAUCAGAUAUCAA